AUGCAAUCCCAGACCACAAUAAUUAGAAACACGGUGAACGACAUCAACGAGACAAUGCAGAAAGUGACGAAACAAGCCGAAGUUGUCGACGAUUCAAUAACUCAUGAACGGAUAACAGAGAUACAAUCAAACCUUAUACUCACAAUCAACCUUCUUUCGAUAGAGGUAGAAAAUUUGGUAGACAUUGUUAACUAUGCAACGCUCGGACAUAUCCACAGUAGUAUAAUGAGUCCAAAAACCAUCACACAACAAAUGAGUGAUAUUAAAAGCAAAUUACCGCCAAAUUCCGAAUUUCCGUUAGAAAUAACUACCAAUAGUAUAUCAGAUUUUUUCAAAUUAGCUACGGUUACAGUGAUAAGUGUGGAUGACACAUUAAUUUUUUCUGUCGAAACACCCGUCACAAAUGGGAUGAGAUUUAUGAUCUAUGAAGUCAUACCACUACCUAUGCAGUUAACCCAGGAUCAAGUGAUUGUAAUCGAAGCUGAAUCAGCCUACUUAGCAGUGGACAAAACGCAAAAGAAUUUUAUUUCAUUCGGGGAACAUCAGCUGACAAAAUGUAUAGUUCUGGAAAACGCUUUCGUUUGUCCAAACGAACACCCCAUCAAUGUCAAUGACCAGUUGCAAAAUUGUGAGCAAAAUCUUUUCAAUAGUCCACCUAGUAUACCCAAUAAUUGCAACAAAAAAAUUCUCCUUUCAAAACCCACAGUCUGGCACAGACUAGCAGGCGAAAAUACAUGGCUGUUCGUAGUUCAAAACGAAGCCAUUACAAUACCAUGCGAAAACGAAAUACAACCUAUAAGAGUAACAUUAAACAACAUAGGGAAAAUAAGUAUCAACCCCAAAUGUAAAAUAUACACAAAAAAUACCAUACUGAUUCCCACGCGAAAAUUUAAAUCAAAAGUCUUCAUUGACUUUUUCCCUAAUAUUCCUCUAAAUGUAAUUCCAAUUAAUUUUAAAAAUACCGGAGGCGUCGAUAGACGACAUAUUUCAACUAAUAAGGGCAUUCAGUAUAAUUUCAAGAAUUUAGCUAGUCACGCGGGAGAUUUAAAAUCCUUACAGGAACAGAUAAACGUCGAGCUAAAUAGUACUAAUAAUCAACAAAGGCACACUUACGCCACGACAACGGUGACUAUAAUUGUAAUAAUAAUAAUUAUAAUUAUAUUAGUUAUAUUAUAUUUAUUGUAUAGAAAAUUAAGUACAUUAAAAAAUAAAUGGACUCGGGGCACCGGAAGUCCUAACGUCCUAUCUUCAACAGCAAGCACCAAUACAGAGGCAGAGCCUAUAGCUUGCACAACAACAGGCGCAAGAGCGAAAAGCCUAUUGCCCGAAAUAAUUUAA